CGUCAGUCUCACCAUCCUGUCGGCUGGCAGUUCGGUCACGGCCCGAAUUUUUUCAUUUUUCUCUUCUAUACAUAUAUUAUACACAGACGCGCGCGCGAAUUGCGAAAGGGACACGCAGUGCACGCAGGAAAAUUCAAAUCAACACACGAAGAACACAAACGGGUACCAAGUGUCGGUGUGCGCGAAAGGCGACCGAGGAAGAAUUCGCGCGCGUAUUCCGGAGAGAUAAACAAUUAGCGCGCACCGCCGCCCCCGCCCGCCGAGACCACACACCCGACCGGACCACGCGAAGGCGGAGGCGGCAACGGCGAGGAGGAACACGCGCGUAGUGCUGCGAGAGGAAGGUGGCCAGCGCGCGGUGGUGUGCUGCACGUGCGGUGGUGGUGAGUGGCGGUCGAGAUGCGUCUCCAUCAUCACCAGCAGGCCUGCUGGUGAUCAUCGCACACGCCGCCAGUGUCAUCCGAGGCGAGCACACCGUCAUCAGCCGCAGCCGAGUCCACUCAAGUAUGCAAAUCCUGCGAGCGUUCGCCAAUAUCGACCCGUCAAUAUAAUCGCCGAAUCAAUCAAAUCAGAACCAAGCGUGCCGUGACCACCAACAUCCGUGCUCGCACACCGGCGUCACGAACGAUGCGAUUGCUAGCAGUGCUCGCCUUGCAUCGCGCCACCGGCGGCUCGACGACGACGACGACGACGACGAGGGCGAGCGGCAGCACAUUGGAGGCGGCGACGGCGACGUGAGAUGCGCACGGCACCUGGGCGCGCUGGGCGGACGAUGUGAACGCGGGCGGCGGCGAGCGCCAGAGCCCCGCGCACGCAUCUCUCGCAGACGAGGCGGCGGCACCACCGCACGUUAUAGUUCCUCACGACGUCCCGCAUUAUAUACACAUAUACAUAUUUGUACUCGAGAUUUAAGAGUGGAGAGCAAGCAACAAAACGAAGCAGAAACAGUCGAGAGGCGAAGACACAGCGGCGGCACCAGCAUGCGGCGCGGAUGGCAUCCAUGUGUUCAUUCAGGGACACCGAACGCACCGAGCAAAAAAUAAGCAAUACGUUUUUCGUGUCUUAAUUUCGAGACGAGACGAGCAGAGAGGUGGCGUGCGCCGCGCGCGAACAAGGAAUUAUACAUAAAAAUAUACACAGGAAAACAGUUUUGCUUCCUGCACACCACGAGAGAGAGGGUAUAUUUUCGGUUGAACUCGUACUUACUACGCUGAUAUAUUAUACAUAUACAACUAUAUGAGAAAUUAUUACUUAACUGUCUUGUCGUCUAUGGUAGAGUGAUUUUAAUACGAGAUAAUUUUACACCCAACACACAUACGCAACACACGCAACACACACACACAUGUGAGGUGACUAGCGCGCAGACGCCGCGUACUUACCCAACAUAACCAAUGACAAUAUUAAGUUAUAUCAGCGCCGAGACGAUGGCAGCACGUAGGCCUAACUGCGCGUUCGGGUCGAGCAAUCGGUUGUGCAAAACGAAGCAUAAACGCUGUACAAUCAUUGUUGUUUAAUGUUUUCCCCCCUUCCGAGUUACCUCCAGAUACGACAACACACGAGACACCACGGGCAAAGCGGGUAAUAAACAAAGAGCAAACCAGAAACUAGAAGCAAACUUAUCUUUGUGAAACUAUAUAUAUAUACUCUUAUGAAUUAUAUGAUACUCGUAAUUGUGCGUUCUAUUUUUUUACGCAUGGAUGUUUGAUAGGUUUUACAAGCGCAGCCAACGGCUCAGCUGUUGGACACGUAGAGAUACACAAUCGUUUUUUAUCGAAGAAGAAUUCGCGCACAAUUCGGUGGCGUAGGCAGCCGGGCGGCGCGGAUGAUAUCAGGGCUGGGGGUCGCACCCGCAAUGCUGGGCGGACAAAGGGCAGAGGAGUGAGUCGAGUGCAAUGUACGCGGCGGCCGGGGGCGCGAGCCUCGCCAGUCGGCAGGCGCGCCAGCGGCAGCGGCAGAACAAGAAGGCCGCCGCGCAGAAGGCGUCCAAGGCCAGCGAUAUCCUGCCGAAGCCGCCGCAGAAGGGACAGUUCCAUAACUAUACCGACGAGCAGGUGCCGCGGCUGUCGCGCGUUGAACGCAACGCGCUCAAACCGCCGGCGGCGCUCGCGACUGGUGACCGCCGCCACAGCACCUCCAAUUAUCAUCUGAAAGAACCGAGAGCGCGUAUUAGGGAGAGCCCCUCGAUCUGCCUGCCGGUGCAUCCAUCGCAUGGUCAUUGCCAUAGUCAUGCGCUUCAUCAUUCGCAUGGUCCAGCUGCUGCUGCUGCUGCGGCGGCGGCGGCGGCGGCAGCGGCCGCCACACCACGUUCGCCCUCGGUCGUCAGCCACCAGCUGCCGCAGAUCCUCAUCCCGGAGGGUGAUAAAUCCCUCGAGCGGCGGUGUAGCUUCGUGCGGCAGGUGGAAGAAGAGAAGGAUGGUGAGAAGGGCGUGCUGGACCGAUGUAAUCACAUGUGCAACUUCGAGAUCAAGGAGAAGACGUGGGACCACCACGAUCCGGGCUUCUACACCGAGUACGACGUCUUCGGCAGCCUGGAUUAUCCUUUCUCCGAGUGCUCGCAGGGUCGGGCAGCAUGGCAAGAACGGGAACGGAGACGCUGCUCCCUCUCGGACGAUUUACGACAGCAUCGCCUCAAGCAGAACGAGGCGCAUCACAGAUGGAUGAAAUCGCUGCGUAUCCACGACACGACAUAUGGCGGGAGCAGCGAAGAGGAAGACUUCUUCGACGUGUAUCACCAGAGCGCGGCGGCCAAUGCACUGCUCUACGUUGGGCUCGGCACGGUCGCCAUCGGCGCGGUCAUCUUCUUCGUCGGCACCGGCGAGAAGGGCUUCAAAACGCUGGAGCUGCGGCUGAUCGGUCCCACGCUGGUCGCGUGCGGCUUACUCUGCUGCCUGGUGCGCGUGCUGCUCUGUGCGUGCCCGUCGACGUGUCUGCGCGGCCGCAAGAAGGCGCGCCUCAAAACGUGUGCCCGCACGGCGGCGGGGCGGCGCGCAUCCGCACCCGCACCACACCAUCACGGUGGAUCCGCGAGCCGCUGCCCGCUGACGCGCGACCGCUCGGCGGACGCAUGCCAUCCGAGGACUACGCACGCCUCGACCUCGUUCGAGAAGCAUAAAAGAAAGUGUCCAUCGUGA